GGUAAGGAAACAGUGACACAGAGGAUGGGUAGAGUGAGUGAGAGGACAGAGAGAAAGAAAGAAGGAGUCACACCUUGAGGAAGUUAACCAAACAACAGAAGGAGAACAAAUACGCAUAAUUUUGAAGGAUGGGACUGGUGCAAUGUUUUGUGAUUGUCUUGAUGUUAUCUGCACACUUGGUGCUCACCUUGCCGCAGGGCUGACCCGCGUUUACACUAUGGGUGGCAGAACGUGUAAAAUGUGCCCUGCAGGUGAGUUUCAGAAGUCUUGUACAGAGUGUGAGCCCUGUCCUCCUGGAAGAUACACUACUGAGUGGAACCGAGAAGACAGCUGCCAUUUCUGCUACGGAGACUGCAGACCAGAUUACCAUCUGAAGGUGGUUCAGAACUGCACCAGCAAGUCCGAUGUGAAGUGCAUCUGUGAGCCGGGUUAUAGAUGCACUGAGAUGGUCUCCUUGUCAGAAAACUGCAAAUACUGUGCAAAGAUCCAGGAAACAACCACAACUGAGGCAGCAACCGUUAUCUCAGGCAGAGAUAAACACCCGCCUUCCUCAACUUCCUCAGGACAUAGCAGCACUCCUGCCAAACCCUGCCGAUUUCCCAACUGUGGCCCUCAGUCAGUCCCUGUGGCAGGAAAUGGCACACAUCUCAAAACAGACAAGGUGAGCGGUCAGCUUGCAGCCAUCUUGUGUCCAGUGGUUGCCAUGGGUUGCGUGGCCCUUGUGAUCCUGUUCUUCAUUUGUCGCCCCAGAAAUGAGUCAUGUUUCAAACAAGCUCUUGCAUUGCUGGUAUGCAGUGAGGGAGGUAGAGAUGCUUCGCACAAGUCGAAGGAGCCAACUCAUCAGUUCCCCAGAGACUCAUUCAGUUCAAAGCAGCAGCCAUCAUCCCUUUCAGCAGCCAAUCUGGGUCCAGUCCAUGUUCACAAUCCGGGGACGGUCAUCUUUAGCUUGCUUAGUCAGUUUACUGGCCAAGUUGGUCCAACAAUUGAAGGUGGGAAGGCGGCUGAGAAAGUGAGCGGUGAAGACGAAGAUGAGAGAGACUGCCCUGUGUUUCAUCCCGCAUCUUCUCCCAGCAUUCAUUUCUCAGAGGAGGAGAGGAACAGCGAGAUCGACAGCAUUUUCUUUCCCUCCCAGGAGCAGGGGAAGGACUGCCACGUGUCCAAAGAGGAGGCGCUAUGAUGCAACGUAAAAAUCUCAGAAGAUUUGUGACGGUGGUCAUGAUGGUGUCCAGACUGAUCCGAAAAACAUUCUUUUAAAAGGAAGGAACCGUAACACUGAAACCACAGAUGAGUGUGGAGCAGAUUUUACUUCCGCUGGCAAACUGUGAAUCACAGUGUUGUACAUAGAUAAUUUUAUCUGCAGGUUCUGGGAAAACUUGGUGAUCGGUGCACACCAGAAACUUUACUAAGACCAGCUGGAAGGUGAUCUCCUUUUUAAGUUAUAAUUUAAAAGGCCAUGUAAAUACUCUUUAAUAAGCUCUGUCAGCUCUCUCUAAACUGUUGGACCUCAAUGUUUAAUGUUUUGCAUCAAUUAGACAUUUUUAUCACAAUAAAAUUUUAUUUAUAGUUAAAAAAGGACGAAGUAGAAAAGCAUCAAGCAUCAAGUUAAAAACAUUCACAUAUAUGUAUAAUCCGAUUGUGGAAUUGCAGAAAGUGUAUUUCUAUAUACACAUAUUCAUGUAAAGACAUGAAAUAUCUUUUACUUUUGUGUACCAUAGUACAUACGACUGUUAAACAACAUCCCUGCAGAAUUUGUAACUCAUGCAUAGCCGCCAGUGUCACACUCUGUGAUUUCAGUGUCUUUCAGAUGCUCUGAAUCCCAUAAUCUCUGUGUUUUUAUAUACUUAUAUUACUUUAACAUAUGUCAAAUAGUCAUAUUUCCUCUCAGGAAGCAGUAUCAGUCUUAAAACAAUGUUUCCAUUCCUCAGUGUGGACCGAGCCACAUUUGCCUCCAUUUGUCAUGAAUGUCCAAAGCAACGUGAAACGUUUUGCACGUGUUACUAAAUGGUCGUCUGUAAAUUUUUUGCUAGUCCAAGUUCAGGAUCUAUUUUGAGGUUGGUCACAUUUCCUGCUUCCUGGACAGGCUUGGAUACUUCUUCAUCUUCGGAGCAGGGUGGCACUGGUGCACAUGUUUCAGUCAAAAGGUAGCCUGAGCAACAAAAGAAUAGGAGAAAUUUUUAAUUACAUUUAAAUCACUUUACACUUUAGAUAAUCAACAACAAAAAACAAAACAAAGCAUGAACUUAUGCACAUUCUAAAAUGCUAAACGUACAAUGCUCAGUGUACCUCCUGACACUGUAUAUUGCUGCAGGGUUAUCUGCUUCAUAAUAAUAAUCUACUAACCGUGCUUGGAUUUGAUCCAGCGCAGAAAGGGACUGAUUUUUGUUCCAACAAAGAAUGCAAUUACUGCAGACAGGAGGCCAAUUAUUAACCAGAUUGUAUCUGCAAGAAUGUGUAAGAGAGACAUUUUUUAAAUAUUUUGAUGAACAUCCACUGGAGAAAGAGGUAAAGUAGUUGCUUGUUCCAGGCAGAACCAGUACCUUUACCUCUGAGUGAUUUAUGGGGUCUCCCGAGUGUGGUGAGGGUGCUAGAUUUCAAGGCUGGAAGGAAGAGAUUAAAAAAAUGUAUCAGCUCAAUGCAGACGUAUUUAAUAGUUCAAUGGAAUAUAAAACUACUCAUGGUUCAGAUUAGUCAGUGAACUCAGUCUGAGGUCUCUUAUUUUGAACACUGUGGUCAGGAAGUCUGGAUUCCUAAUCAUGUAAUGUGAUUUAUAAUUAACUUGUGUCACCUUGUGUGUAUAACCUGAGUCCAUGGAUACUGCAGAGUAAAUGAACAAUUGCUAACUGAGAUGCAAAGAAAGAUUUAUUUGCAUUAUUUUUAAUAAUUACAUCAGGUAAACCGUUUAAGGUUCCUGGGAAUUAGCGUCACAGAUAUGCUGUCAUGGGCAUCACACAUCUCCACCCUGGUAAAGAAAGCUUGGAAACAGCUGUAUUUCUUAAGGAAACUUAACAAGGUCAAAUUCCUGUGCCAAAUUCUUGCUAACUUUUACAGAGGAGCAACAGAAAGCAUCCUGACAUCCUGAGAUGUGCAUGGCCCAGGACAGGAAGGCUCUGCAGUGGGUAAUAAAAAUACAAUACAAGACACCAACCACUCCAGCCACAGUCUGUCACCCUGCUGCCCUCUGACAAGCGAUACAGAAGUAUCUGCUGCUGUACCAUCAGACUACAGAGUGCUUCUUUUCUCAGGCUGAGAGACCCCUCAAUUCAUCCUACAUGAAAAAAAUAUUUUUAUGACUCAUUCCUCAUUCAGUCAUUUCUAUAAUUUUUGUUUUGUGAGUAGCAUAAAGGGACCACAAUAGUAGUAUUUGUUGUAAAAUGCUAAAUAAAUAAACCGUGUACGUUGAAAC